CACGCGCAUUCGCGCACGUGCAGCGAUGCGUGUAACGAUAGCUACAGCUGUUGUGUGUUGAUGGCUGGUCGUCGUGACGACCCGGCACCUCCUGGUGAGCCCGAUUACGUCGCUUUUUCAGGAAAUCACCGAGACCAUUUGUGACGCGUUGCAAAAAAAGCGUGUUUAAACCGAUCGAAAUGGUAGUCGUCGAUAAACGUAAAUAUCUCAUAGCCUCCACGGCGGGAUAUUUCUUCGGCGCAUCCGUGCAACACGAUGAGGAUGAUAUCGAGGAUCGAGAGAUCCUCGAUCGUUUCUUGGAGCAGUCGUCAUGUAAAAUUCUGUGCGCCAGACCAAUCGACGCGGAUCAGAAGCAAGUUCGUUUGAAAUUGAGCACCGAAUUGGGCGCCGGGACGGUCAACAAUUUGGUCUUCUUUAAGAUGACAGCGGCGGUGAUUACGGAAGAGAACUUUCACGACGUGGUCCAGGUGGCUUCCAUCGGCUGCGGAGACGGAUCGGUAUUGAUCGAAGGUCUUCGUCAGGUUUGGGCGCCGACUCUCCGAUCGUCGGGCUUAAGCACAUCGUAUUUGAAGAAACUCGAAGAGAAGCUGCUCAGCUCCGGAUUCUCGAUCACCGUCGCAGAGGAAGAAGAGUAUUGGCGACGGAAGCGAGAUGAGGUGAAACGGUCGCACGAGAAAACUAUUUGCGAGGAAGCCGCCAAAUCGGUGAAGAACAUCAGGGUCGAACUCGAAAAUGCCGCGGUGUCGAGAGAUGGAUUAAUCGCUGUAGAAGAGGCUUGUGAAGCCAUUUCGGUAUUCGUAGAUGAUUUAUGGAAAUUAAGCGGACCAGCGUAUACCGAGGAACGAAUGAAAUCGUUUCUCGAUGUAAUUGGAAACGAAAUGGUGCAAUUAACACAGAAUUAUCUCAAUGCGGUUGACAUAACCGAAACUCGUGCAAAGGAUGAAACGAUCGCACUUGGAGCGACAGUGUGCGAAAAGUGGGUAAACGCCACGCAGAAAUUAACAGAACUUUUCUGGCCGCAUUAUUCGCUUCAUCCUUGGCGAGGAGCGAUCUUUGUACCCGGAAAAUGUUCGAAGCUUGGCAAAAGUCUCAGGCAAAUGUCAGACUUGCGUGCACAGCAUCGCCAAUUGAGCAGACUUCUGACCUCGAGCGAAAGAUCUGGACUCGAUAUUGAGAAACUACUCCAAUCAUUUGAUGACAUGAGAGUUGCAUCGAGCGAUGAUGAACAUUGGGACGAUGAAUGGGAUAGACUGAGACGUAAGAUUGAGGAGGGCCUGGUGCCAGCUGAGGAGCGCGUUGCUCAAAAGCUGAAGGAUCAUAUUGCUGAUGCUGAUACUCCGAGUGCUUUGGUAUCUGAAUUUGGGAAAUAUAGCGAGUUAAUGAAGAGGGAAGGGCUUAAGAGAGCAUUGCGUGCAGAACGAGAAUCGCUACUUGCGGCGUAUCCUGAUUUAAUCGAAAGUCGUUUAGCUGGUCCCGAUACGGAAGAUCUUCUAGAUGUUCCUAGAGUACUGCAAGAGGUCCAAGCCGCUAGAUCUGCAGAAGUACGGCUAGAAAGUCUGGCUAAAUUAGGGAAGGAAUUGCUCGCUGAUUUGCCAGGGUAUGAAGAAGUGGCGACGCGAUUGUCGAGCGCGUUGAAAGAAGCCGAAGAAAAAAGGCGGGAUUUAGUCGAGUCAUGGGUGAACAACACGAAGAGUGAGAUAACUAGGAAGGAAUUAAGCUUGGGCACCGAUUCGCCAGUAGUAGAACUUACCGGCACCAGCAUGAUGCGAGUGACCUAUGAUCCUCGAUUAAUGACCCUGAUCAGAGAAGCCAGAGCAUUGUCCGGCGAAGGCGUCGAGCUACCGAGAGAGAUUAGAGAACUCGUAGACAGAGCCGCGUCUUUAGCCGGACGAGCUAGAGCUCUUCAACAGGUCGCCACCUUUCAUAACACGAUCGGCGAUCGAAUGGUGCCCUCUCAAAGACCGCUCAUGUUGACGGUGGCUCUCGAAUUAGCGCGUGCUGUUCAGGAACAAUCGGGUGUCGUUUGGUCCGACCCUCAUCUCGUCGAUGCGUAUACCGCUCGAUUGAAAGAGUUGGUGGUGAAGUUUGCUCGACAAAACUCAGAAUUGAUUUCAAAGCAUUCCACGUUACGAGACUACGUGUCGAACUUGCUGAAAGGCGAUGCUGUGCAUCUUGUCGGAAAUCAGAAUGUAUGGAAGGAGACAUUGAUAAGUAUGAGAGCGAUCGUCGACGCGGUGGAUUCGGAGUAUGGUAAUGCAAAAGCUUGGAAACUACAUUGGGAUCGGCAACUCUUAAAAACACUGGGCGUAGCGUACAGAAAUGCUUUACCAUCCUUGUCGAAGAAAUUGUCCGAGAUCCGAGUCGAGCUCACUUUUCGGGAUGGACUUCUACAAUGGAGACCGCCGCUCGAAGACAUUCGCGCAAAGUUAUAUUCCGGUAUACGCCGAUCACUUUCCAUUCCGGUAAACUUUCGGGGCGUCGGAGACGUCGCCGAUGCACACUUUGGCGAUUUGGUGCAGAAGAAUGCGUAUCUCUUUAGCGGCGUUUACAAGCAAGUAGAAAUCGCUCUGUCCACUCUCGAAUUGUUUAGAAUGAAAUGGCUAAACUUAGCAACGCCAGCCAAUAUCGAUGUUGGAGAACGAUUGAAAGGAAAACCUCCUCAAGAAUGGGCGAAAGCGUUCAAGGAGGCCAAGCAAUGGGCCCAAGAGGUUGGAAAAUUAAGAGGUUGCGACGUGAAAAUUUCAUGCAUAUGCAUCGACACGGCAACAACAAGGAACGAUUUGGAGACUGCGACCCGUCAUUAUUGGGAACGUCUGUGUUCCGACUUAAGGGUGGAAGCAUCCUCGCGUUUGAUGGCUAUCGUCGAGUUCCUGUCCUUCGCAUCCAAGGAGCUUGAACGUAGGCCGCGCGAUGUAGAGGAGGUCGGAUUAGCUCACGAGGCCCAUGCGCGUAUCGAGCAACAGUCGGCAGGUAUCGCUGAAGAAAUGGAAGUCGUUGCUGUACUCGCCAAAGUUAUGGCUGCAUGGACCAGCGAGAAGCUCGAUGGCGUUAACGCGGCUCAUGCCGCUUGGCAGGAGCUAGGGGAUCGUUUGGAAAAGCAUAAGGCUGUUAUGGCGCGUUUACUGGAAGAUGCUAAAGUUAAUCUUCGCCAUAAAGCGAUAGCACUGAGAGACGAAAGAGAGAGAUGGCAGGCCAAGUGGUCCGCAAGAUCGGAGAAUUUCACACUCGAUUGGCUGAUAUUGAUGAAGGAACGUUGGCUUAAUUUAAAUGCGCAAAUGGAUUCCUUGAAAGCGGAUUGUAAAAGAAUAGCUCUUGAUCUCGAGAGUGUUCUGGAAGACGAUGAGAUUAAUUUAUCGCAAUUGGAACGCGAAUUGGAGAUUGAGGAAUCAAAUUACAGGUUUCAAUCCGAGUUUUUGGAGGAGUUGAAGAAUCAGGAAACCGAAGAGUGGGCCGUGGCUAGGAGAAGAUUACCAAGACUUCACGAUUGGCUCGAUUCUUGGGAGAGUAAGAUUCGAUUGCAGGAUAACUUGGAGAUCGACACCUUCGUUGGUAAAAAGAUUAACGAAGUCAGAUCUACGAUCGAAUCUAUCCAGCUACUUCGAGGAGAUGAGAUUGCUAACGAGCACUGGACCGAGUUAAUUCCUAUAUUAGACUUGAAGGUCGAAAAUCCACGAGAUAUCACUUUAGGUGACUUGCUUGCUUGCUCGCAGACGCUGAAAAAAAAUGAGGACCGAGUAAAGGAAAUAACGAAACGUGCAAUCGCAGAAAGCGGAAUUCGACAAGCGUUAAUGGAUCUGGAGAUUUGGGAAAACACGGCAUCUCUUCCGUUGCAAGAAUCGACUGACAGUAAGAACAUGACUAUUCUAUUAGUUGGAGAUUACGGCAGUCUGUUAGCGAAAAUAGAGGAAUUGAGGCUCUUGCUCGAAGGAGCCAAAGGCACAUCGGGACACGAAAGAUUCGCAUCUAGAGCGGCACACUGCGAAACAGCUCUAUCAGAGCUUGAGGAAAGAAUUAAAGUUCUUAGCAUUGUCCAGAGAAAAUGGAUUUACCUGGAUCCAGUCUAUGGAAGUGGAGCGGCUCCAAAUGAUUCCGGAAAAUGGUCAAGGGCCGAUAAAGAAUUUAGAUAUAUUAUCGGAGAAGUAUCUCGAGAUCCCCGAGUACCAUUCUUGAGACGACUUUCUCUACCAGCUUUAAUAAAUUUAAAGGAUCUGCUAGAUCGAUGUCAGAAGAGUUUGGAUGAAUUUUUGGAGGAAAGACGUGCAGCGUAUCCGAGAUUAUAUUUUCUCAGCGACGAGGAUCUUUUGGAGCUUGUAUCAGGCAGCGGACGAGGUUUGGAAGCUCAUUUGCCAAAGUUGUAUCACGGUGUGGGUUCAGUAGUAAAAGAAAACGAUACAUUAACAGCGAUUGUGUCGCCCGAAGGUGAAAUGUUAAAAUUACCGGAGGCUAUCGAUCUCACUGAACCUCUACCGCGAUGGCUAAAUAAUCUCGAGAAUGGAAUGAAAAAGGCUCUCUGUCAAAGUUUAGAGAAAUGUUUGAACGACUCCACGCCUGAUCCGUCCGUUUAUCCUACACAGAUACUGCUGCUUUCGGAAAGAAUAGGAUUUACCGAGCGUUGCGAACGCGCUUUGAAGGAGGGUCGCUCGGCUUUGCAAAAGCUUGUUGAAUUUCUGGAAACGCAGAGAGCAAGAUACAGAGGAUUGGAAGACGCCGGUGACAAAUUGACAGCGUUGAAAGCGCGCGGUCUUUUGUUGGAUACCGUUCAUCAUUUGCAAGUGGCCAGGACAUUGUCGAGAAUUGUGGCAACCGGUGAGAACGCCGAUUGGAUGUGGUACAAACAAUUGAAGAGUUACAGAAAAAAUCAAGAUACGUACGUGGUGCGAUGUGCCGGCGCAGAAUUACCCUAUCUCUUCGAGUACCAAGGAGCGUCUAUUGGCUUAGUGAGAACUCCCUUGACAGAAAAGUGUUUCCUGGCUCUCACGCAAGCUAUGAAGCUCGGAUUAGGCGGAAGUCCGACUGGUCCUGCUGGAACCGGAAAAACCGAAAGCGUAAAAGCGCUAGCAUCCAUCUUGGGUAGACUAGUGCUAGUUUUCAAUUGCGACGAAGGGAUGGAUACUGGAAGUAUGAAGCGUAUCUUAGGAGGUCUAGCACAAGCGGGUGCCUGGGGUUGUUUCGACGAGUUCAAUCGUCUCGAAGAGGAUACAUUAAGCGCGGUAGCGAUGUUGGUGAGGCCGCUUCAAGAAGCGCUUCGAAACGGUUCUCCCGAGAUUUCGCUAGGCGAUCGGAAGAUCACAUUGGAUCCUCACUGCUGCAUCUUUAUUACGAUGAAUCCAGCCGGAAGUGAGUAUGGAGGCAGGCGCAAGCUGCCGGAUUCAUUGGCGAGGCUCUUCAGACCUAUCAGCAUGGCGCAUCCGGACAAAUCGGAUAUCGUCAGAACCCUGCUAGAAUGCGCCGGUUUCUUAGAAGCAAUUACUCUCGGCAAACGACUCGUAGAGGCUCUCGAAAUUGCCGGGACUAUGUUAUCGGAGCAACCGCAUUAUGAUUGGGGACUCAGAGCGCUGAAAUCUGUGCUCGACGCCUUACAUCCGGUUGCCGGUGUAGACGAGACCACCAGACUUCUCAUCUCGAUUAAGGAGUCGACUCUUCCAAAGCUGACGGAGACAGACACGACAAAGUUCUUGGCAUUGCUAAGCGAUCUCUUCCCGAAAACCAAUCCUUCUUUGCCCGUUUCUACAGAAAGUGAAAAUUUAGUCGCCGCGUUGUUGAAGAUCUGCGAGACUCAGGGAUUGACAAAAGAGAUUGCCAACAGAUGCGUUCAACUGAAUGAUCUGUUGAAAAGUAGAACUGGCGUUGCCGUAGUCGGCCCACCGGGUAGCGGAAAAACAUCAAUCAGGUUGUGCUUAGCCGAAGCGAUGGCGAAGAUCGGCGAACCCGUGCAACAGAUCGUCGUUUAUCCUGGCGCGAUACCUAAGAGCAGAUUGUUAGGAUAUGUGAAUCCGCGAACGAGAGAAUGGAAGGAGGGUGUUUUAUCGAGCGCGGUGACGUCCGCUGGAAAUUCCGCGACCUGGAUCAUCUUCAACGGCGAUGUGGAACCUGAAUGGGCGGAGGCGCUGAAUUCAGCUCUGGACGAUAAUCGAUCGUUAACGUUACCCAACGGAAUAGGAGUUAAACUCGGCAGUGGUACAAGGUUUAUUUUCGAGACCCACAAGCUUGCUGAUGCCAGUCCGGCUACGGUUUCACGAUUGGGUGUUUUGCAUCUUGGAUUAACGAAAUCAACGUCUCUAUUGGCGCCGUGGCGUUUAGAGCAAUUCUCUUCGACGGCUGCGGAGAUCGCAAACGCUCAUUUAUGUUCGUCUAUCGACGAGACUCUGAAUAUAAAUGUCGAAGGCUCGUCUGCGUCCGGUCUGAUGACCGCCGCGUUGUGUCACCUCUAUAAAGCGCAAACAUUCAAUCAGGCUACUCAAGCUCUUCUGCUUUCAUUAUGCGGCCAAGUAAACGAUGUACAAUCUAGAGAUGAUUUGGCGAAAUUUAUUUAUGGGUCAACCGAUAGUUGGUGUCCCGAUCCGCAAAAGCCAAGUACCGUUCUCUACGAUCAAGAAACUGAUCGACUAAUACCCUUUAGCGACACUUACGAAUCUAUCGAUACCGAUUAUGGGCCUGUUUCGAUCUCAGAUCGCAUCAGAAAAGCAUUAGCAGCCAUUUUGCCGUGGAUAGAAGAUGGUCAUCCACUUAUGAUUCGUGGACCCAAAGCUUGUGGUAAAAAUACUUUAAUCGAUGUUGCGUUAUCGAGAAUUAAAAAUCACGAUACAAUGAUCGUGGUGAAAGGAUCUUCGCUUUAUGGUCCUGAGGAUUUUGUAACUCGCUUGAAAAAAGCUUGCUUGCGUCUGGAGUCCUCGUCGCAGGGUAGAAUGUAUAAGCCGAGAAGUGGAUCUCGAGUGCUUCUUAUCUUGGAAGAUAUGCAUCUCGCUGCUAAAAAUUUACAGGAAUUGGUGAGAGAAUUACUUCAAGAGGAAGGAUUCCUCGAGGAGGAUCUCGUAUUUUCUAAAAUAUCCUUAACGAUCAUAUGUACUGCCGAUGAAUCUACACGAUUGCAUCCGAGACUCGAAGCCUUAUUUGCAACUUAUUAUCUAGAAUAUCCCAGCCAAAAGGACGUUGCAUCUAUUCUCGAACUUCAUUUGAGAACUUCUCUGAAGGAGAUAGAUUAUGUUAUGGCAGAAUCUUGGAUCGCUCGAAUAAAGCCUAAUAUCUUAGACGCUUUUCGAUUUGCGUCCAAUCAGAAAUCUUCUCUCAAUUGGACUCUUAAAGACAUCGUUUCGUGGGCGAAUCGUUUGAAAUAUUACCCUACACCCGAAAACGAAGCGGACAUCACUCGUUAUUUGUUGGAUGUCGGAAAACGUCUAUUUUGCGCGAGAUUAACGCCCGAGGCUUUGACACGAUGGGAACGUUUAUUAAUUUCAAAGGACUCCGAGGUAAAGAAUUUUAACAAUGAUGUAUACGUAUGGAAGAGUGCAAAUACGGGGCUUUAUCCUUUGAGCAAAGAAGAAUGGCGAGAAGAGAUAAUCAAUGCAGCGGCUAGAUGCGCUAGAGAAGGUCAACCGGUGCAAGUACCGAUUUCAUCCUAUCUUUUGGAAACUAUAGCUGGAUUGAGUUGGGCUGUGGGGUGUGAUUUUCGCGGUAUGAUACUCGUUGGACGACCGGGAGCGGGCAGGAGAUCAGCUGUUAAACUAGUCGCGACCUUCUCUUCUCUUCGAUUGAUUGACUCAGGACCUGAACGCGGUAAAGCGGCGAUAAAGAAUGCCGUGCAAGCCGCCGGUAUCGAGAGCCAACCGACCUUGCUUUUGUUGGAAGAAUGCCACGCUAGGGAAGAGACCUUAACCAUCCUAAUAAGCGCUAUGGUAUCCAGAAGCGAAAUUCCAGGGCUCUUUACAACGGAAGAGCUUGACGCGCUCAUCGCACCGCUAGCCGAUCUGGCCCGAAGAGAAGACUUCCAAGGAACAUUAGAGCAGUAUUUAUAUCAUCGUCUACGCAAGUAUCUCCGGAUAGCGGUAAUCCUAGAUUCGGAAGAGAUAGAAUCGUCGCGAUUAUUACAUCUGGGUCUUCGACAUUGCGCGCUUCUCGGGUCUAGUCUUGGCGAAUGGUGGUCUCGGGAGAGCUCGUUAAUUAAAUUUGCGGUCCAGGAGGGCACUUUAGAGCUGGACGAAAUCGAGGAGCUACCGAGCGGCGCGAAGAUCAUGAUCGGCGCUCAUCUACAGGCACCUCGCCAUCAGAGAGCACCGGCGAGAUUUCUCGCUCUAGUGCACACCUGGAGACAUCUCCGCGACACGUGGAGCAAAGAGGUAGAGGAGAAGCUUCGAUCUCUCGAAGCCGGUAUCGGAAAGCUAAGGGAGGCCGGCGAGCAGGUGGCUAAGUUGGAAGACGAAGUAUCCAGACAGCGUCAGGAACUUGAGGUGGAAAAAGGGAGAGCCAACGCUGCUCUCGAGCAAAUCACUGCUACGAUGAGAGGUGCGACUAGUCAAAGAGGAGAGAUGACAGACUUGAAGGCCAACACAGAACGCGAGAGCGCCGAGCUUGCGCUACGUAAGGCGGAUAUAGAGAGUGAAUUAGGAAAGGUUGAGCCUCUGGUAGCACAAGCUGCUCAAGCAGUAGCCGGUAUAAGUGCCGAUGCGUUAGCCGAAGUUCGUUCACUGAGAGCACCUCCGGCGCCAGUGAGAGAUGUACUCGAGGGUGUUCUUCGGCUAAUGGGCAUAAAGGACACAUCCUGGAAUAGCAUGAAAACUUUCCUCGCCAAGCGAGGUAUCAAAGACGAGAUUAGAAAUUGGGACGCGAGACGCAGUGCACCUGCCAGUUUAGAAGCGGUCGCUAAACUGGUGAAGGAACGCCCGGAAAGUUUCGAGGAAAAAACGGCAAAGAGAGCAUCGAUGGCGGCGGCUCCACUGGCCGCUUGGGUUCUCGCUAAUCUUCAAUAUGGUCAGAUAUUGGAGCAAGUUGCUCCAUUGGAACGAGAACAACGACAAUUGGCCGAACGAUUGGCGGCGGCUGAGGCGCAAUUGGGAAAAUUAGCAACGGGAUUAAACACGGUGGAAAGUCGCGUGGCGCAACUUCAAAAAGAGCUUGCCGAGCACACGAGAGGUGCAGCUGAAUUGCAGUUGCGAACCGAAUCUACCGAGGCCAGUCUCUCGACGGCGCGAGCUCUCUUGCAGAAGCUCGAUACCGAACAUCGCGACUGGCAAACUCAAUUUCAAGAGCUGACAAUCAGAAAAGAAAAACUGGACAUCGAGGCGGCCAAUGCGGCGGCUUUGCUCGUGUAUCAGAAUCCUGAAAGAGAUGACAAUUGGGAGAAAUCAGCGAUCACGUUAUUAGUAACCGAACGCGAGAGAUUGCUAUGGAGAGCACAGGAUUUACCAGCAGAUACGAGUAGCUUGGUUGCGGCCUCUCGUGUGUUGAAAGGACCGUUGGUGCCUAUUUUCCUCGAUCCCUCGGGAGUAGCUGUAUCCUGGAUUAAACGUAGCAUUGGCUCCAGACUCGAAAUUACCCAGCCUGAAAAUUCGAAAUUUUUGACUGCUCUCGAACUCGCUGUGCGUUUCGGAAAACCUCUCUUGGUCGAGGAACUGGUCGAAUUUCCGUCGAUAUUGUUGCCUGUUCUUCGCCGGAGGCCACUUAGAUUGGGCGAUCGUGUCUUGUCGGCUCAGCAAGGCUUCCAACUUUUUCUAGCCACGAGGAAAGAGAGAUUGGAAGAUAUUCCGAAGGAAGCCGAUGCCGUGUUAUGCGAGAUCAUCCUUGGCGCAGGUACAAAAAGCCUGGCGGAGAGAUUCGUCGAGAAGCUUUUAUUAAACGAAAUGCCGGAGCUCGAGGCGCGAAGAAGAGAAGCUUUGGAAAGGGAAGAAAAAUUGUCUGGGGAACGAGAUGCUGCCAGACUAGAUCUGUUGAGUCAAUUAGCUACAGCCAGGGGCCAAGAUCUUUUACAAGAAUCUCAAGAGCAAGGAGGACUCUUGUCUACACUGGAGACGACGCAAUCCAAGGCGAAAGAAAUAGCGGUUGCCCUCGAGGAAAGUAGACAGAGCUUAAAUGAAAUUUCAAGACGGGCCAAAGAUCACGAAAAGUUUGCGCAAUUUGCCGCUAACGUGUAUGAAACUAUUAAAGGAUUGACACUUCUCAACUCUUUAUAUAUCGUUUCCACGGAGGUUUAUACAGACAUUUGCUUGAAAGCAGUACGGAAUGAUAGCUCUUCCGCGGGUCCAGACAGAGAGAAAAGAGAAUCGCGGAGUCUAGAAAAACGGUUGAUAACAUUGACGUUCUAUCAUUGUGCGAAAGCAAUCUACAGAAAACACAGACUUCCUCUAGCCUUGCAUAUGGCAUUGUCGUUAAAUCGAGUAUCAGAUGUCGAGAGAAAUCUUUUGCUUGAUAGCGGUGCAAUCAACAACGAUAAUUCGGUCUUUGAAUUACCCGAAUGGAUACCGGACGAACGACGUGAGGCUGUGCAGGCCUUAGGUUCUUCUCUAUCCAACAUUGCUGCCAAGAUAAAACCUUCUUGGUUGAAGGAUAUUUCUAAUAUUUAUGCGGACAGUGAGCUUAACGCCUUUCAAAAAGUUUUAGUCGUGAAAGCACUUCGGCCUGAUUAUUUACAUACCGCUCUUUCCAAAUUCGCUGCGAAACAAUUAGGUGUGAAGGAUUUGGCUCCCCCUGUAUGGACAUUGAAUACGAUCGCUCAGGAAAAAGAAAGAUCGUAUCCUGUGCUAUUACUUUUAUCGCCGGGAACUGACCCCGGUCCUGAACUCAAUGUGCUUGCUGCGAAAUAUGCCUCUGCUGGAUUUACCGAGGUUUCCCUGGGUCAAGGACACGUUACUCAAGCCGAAUCAGCAUUGGAAGCUGCGUGCAGAAAGGGUGGCUGGAUAUUGUUGAGCAAUUUACAACUCGCUCUAAAUUGGUUACCGCGAUUGGAAAGCCUGUUACGUUCACCUAUGUGUACCGCAAAUAAAAAUCCUUCCACAAAGAUCUGGCUAACCACCGAGGAGUGCUCCGGUUUUUAUCCGGGCUUAGCGGGACUUUGUCUGAAACUGGCAUACGAGCCCCCCGAAGGCGUGAAGAGGAACAUGAGAAAGUCGCUCCAGCAGCUUCGACAAUCGCAGAAUAACGACGAAACCGCGGCCCCCGUUUUAAUGCUCUCCUGGUUACACGCUACGCUCCAAGAACGACGAAAUUUCAUUCCUCAGGGUUGGAUUAGAUCAUACGAAUGGAACGAAUCGGAUCUCGAGGCAGCCUACGAGUUAGUGAUUAAAGAGAUGACAAAGGAGAAACAAUCGCAACAAGGAGAGUGGCAAAUCGGCAGAGGUUUACUCGACGUUGCGGUUUAUGGAGGUCGACUUCAAGAUGAUUACGAUGCAAGAGCUUUGCGCUCAAUGAUACGCGAUGCGUGGUCCAGAGAUAUUUUCGAGGGUCACCGGAAGCUGGGAGACGCGUUGAAGAUAACCGAUGGUGACCCCAUAAAGUUGCUGGAGAGUUUAGACGAUACCGAUUCGCCAAAAAAGUAUUUCGGCCUCCCUGCUAACGCUCACAGGGCAUGGGAAAGAUCUGCCGCGGAGAAAGCCCUGACAUAUCUCAAAGGUAUCUUAAUGAAGCCUUUCAAAAAUAGCGAAGGAAACAGCAAUAAAUUAGAAAAAUCGAAAAUUGAACAGGAUCUAAAGAAAGUUAUGGAUCGACAAUGUUCCUUGACAUUCACGUAUGAUACAAGCGAACAGAAAAGAAAUCCAUUGCAGGAUUUUUUCAUAGACGAAAUUGAUCUUACAAGAAAGUUGUUGAAUAUUGUACGAACGGAUAUAGACGUGUCAUCUUUCGAGGAUAAUGAGACUCCAGAGUACUGGUUUAAGAAAUGGCGGUCAGGCCCGAAGAAUGCAAUUCAAUUCGCAAAGGCGCUUUUGUCAAAGUACGAGACAUUAAAAUCCUCAGCAGUGAAUACACCUUGUCGAAUCGAUUUGUCUCAAUUGUCCCGACCACGUGCUCUUUUAACUGCACUAAAGCAACAUACCGCACGAGAACUUGGUUAUCCAUUGGAAGUACUUCAUCUCCACGCUAAUUGGACCGAGAAUCGCACAAACAAGGAGUGGAAAGUGUCGCUCCAGCUCGAAGGUUUACUUAUAUCAGGAGCCUUGAUCGAGAAAGGUAUUUUGAAGGACCUGGACGUAAAUUCGGCAGCAGUUGCGGUCGCCCCGACAUGCCAAGUGGCGUUUAUGCCAAAAGAAUAUUCGGAAGAUAAAUCCGACGACGAUAACUUUAAUAUUCUCGAGGAUAAGUCUCGACAAGAUUAUCUGAACAUACCGGUUUACACAAGUAUUCAACGAGAGGCUUUAAUCUGUUCGUUACCAGUCACAUGCCUAAGGGAAGAUCGCGACGUAUGGUUUCGUCGUGGCGUCAUUUUAUAUCUGAGAUAAAUAAUUUUACUAAUCAUUUUUAGUAAUAAAAUGAAUCCCCGAUGAUAUCAUCUGACGAUGAUGAAAAUACGUCAAUAAAUUAAUUCUUAGUUCCUGAUUCAUAAGUGAUUAAAAAUGCAAGUCAAAUACA